AUGUCCUCUGCUCCUCUGAGAAAACCUCCGGCUCCACAAAAUGUGAGCUCCCGUGCUCCUUCCAAAGACACGAACGGCGGCCUGGCUCGAACUACGCCGCCCAAGAAGAAGAGUUACGCAUCUGAAGGAGUUACGGACAACGAUGUUUUCCUCCUCCCAGUCUCCGAUUAUCAGAUGAUGGCUUUAUUGACCAUCGUGGCCGCCGUGGUUCGCUUGUUCAAAAUCUACCAACCCACCAGUGUCGUUUUCGAUGAAGUCCACUUUGGAGGCUUCGCGACAAAGUAUAUCAAGGGCCGAUUCUUCAUGGACGUUCAUCCCCCUUUGGCGAAACUUCUAAUCACGCUCGCCGGCUGGGCCGCAGGUUUCAAAGGAGAUUUCGACUUCAAAGACAUUGGAAAGGAUUAUCUCGAGCCCAAGGUUCCCUACGUCUCCAUGCGCUUGCUUCCUGCCAUUCUCGGUGUCCUUACGAUACCCACUAUAUUUUUGACCUUGAAGGCGACCGGAUGCAAGACAGUGACCGCUUCCCUGGGAGCUGCACUGUUGAUCUUCGAAAACGGCCUCGUUACGCAAUCUCGACUCAUUCUUCUCGACUCGCCAUUGGUUAUUUGCACGGCUUUCACCGUGCUGGCUUUUACCUGUUUCUCGAAUCAACACGAACUCGGACCUGAACGAGCCUUUGACGUGAGCUGGUGGUUCUGGCUGGCGGCCACAGGCCUGGGUCUCGGUGCAACGGUCAGUGUGAAAUGGGUCGGUCUCUUCACGAUCGCCUGGGUGGGCAGCCUGACCAUCCUACAACUAUGGGUGUUACUCGGCGACAAUGUCAAUGUCACUCCAAGGAAAUGGUUCAAACAUUUGUUUGCCCGAAUCUUUUGCCUCAUUGUCAUUCCCACCGCCUUUUAUAUGGGCAUGUUCGGCAUUCACUUCAUCUGUUUGGUCAAUCCCGGCGAUGGAGAUGGUUUCAUGUCCUCGGAAUUCCAAGCGACGCUGAACAACAAGGGCAUGGCUGAUACUCCCGCGGACGUGGCAUUCGGGAGCGAGGUGACCAUCCGACAUCACAACACUCAGGGUGGCUAUCUCCACUCUCAUCCACAUAUGUAUCCUGGAGGCAGCAAACAACAACAAAUUACCCUUUACCCCCACAAGGAUGAGAACAACGUGUUUCUGCUCGAGAAUCAAACCCAGCCGGUGACCGCCGAUAAUGUUACCAUUCCAGGCCCACGGGCAUGGAGCAAUCUGACCACUGAAUGGAUCAAGGAUGGCGACAUCAUCAGACUCUACCACAUCAUGACCCAUCGCCGCCUUCAUUCGCAUGAUGUCCGACCCCCCGUGACCGAAGCCGAAUGGCAGAAUGAAGUCACGGCGUAUGGCUACGAAGGAUUCGAAGGUGAUGCCAACGAUCUUUUCCGAGUGGACAUUAUCAAAUCCAUGUCUGACGGAGAAGAGGCCAAGACCCGGCUAAGGACAAUUCAGACCAAAUUCAGGCUGAUUCACAUCAUGAGCGGUUGCGUUCUUUUCUCGCACAAAGUCAAACUUCCCGACUGGGGUUUCGAACAACAGGAGGUGACUUGCGCGAAAGGAGGCACUCUGCCAAACAGUGUGUGGUAUAUUGAACAAAACUACCAUCCACAACUGGGAGACGACUCUGAAAAGGUCAACUACAGGAACCCUGGAUUCCUGGGCAAAUUCUGGGAGUUGCAAAAGGUGAUGUGGAGAACCAAUGCUGGACUGGUCGAGUCGCAUGCUUGGGACUCUAGACCGGGCUCAUGGCCGAUUUUAAGACGUGGUAUCAAUUUCUGGGGCAAGGACCAUCGCCAGAUCUACCUCCUCGGAAAUCCGGCAAUCUGGUGGCCCUCGAGUUUGGCCAUUUUGUCCUACGUCAUCUUCAAGGCCAUUGCCAUCCUCCGUUGGCAACGCAGUUGCAACGAUUACUCGAACGUCAACUUCAAGCGAUUCGAUUAUGAGAUUGGUCAGACUGUCCUGGGUUGGGCAUUCCACUAUUUCCCCUUCUACUUGAUGGCGCGUCAAUUAUUCUUGCACCACUAUUUCCCGGCCCUCUACUUCGCAAUCAUAGCCAUGUGUCAGAUCUUCGACUUUGUUUUCAACCGGAUUUCGUCGUUAGGAUUGAAACCGUAUCCCGAGAUCGGCCGUACCCUCGCGGCCCUUUUUGUCGCCUUCGCCAUUGGAGUGUUUACCAUGUAUGCUCCCUUGAUCUACGGCAAUCCAUGGACACAGGAUCAAUGCAGGACGGUCAAAUUAUUUGAUACAUGGGACUUUGACUGCAAUACUUUCCACACAGAUUAUGCCAAAUAUUCGACACCCCUUCCGUCGCUGGGAGAGGCUACCCCGACCGUCCCAUCUGCCCAAGUGGACUCUGGGAGGAAAGAUGAUCCUUCCGCUGUGACUCCGCACGUUGGGGAACCAAAUGUGAUCAGCUCAGAGGAGCGCGUUGAAUACCGCGAUCAAAAUGGAAAUCUGUUGGAUGAAGCACAAGUAGCCGCUCUGUUGGCCGAGGGCAAAGCUUCUUUCCAAACCAAAUACGAGACCCGUACGAGAUUAGUGGACGAGGACGGGAACGAAGUCAAUUCUUCUGGAGUGGCACCGGAUCAUCCAGAUGUGGACGGACAAAAUCCAUCAACGAAGGGGACACCGGAAGAACAAGCGAGGAACCAACCCGCGGAUGCCAAAGCAGGGGGAUCGGUAAAGAAGGGCAAUAACGGAAAGGCAAAGCCUGCAAGUGAUGCCAGUGAGGGGACGAAAUAG